AUGCCCUUUCGGGCGCGAAGGUCCCUUAAUUUGGGCGCUGCGAAUAGCUCUCGGCGGAGCAGCAGAAGCAAACGAUUUUGCAAGUCCUACCGUAGCAAUAAUGUUUGCUUGAUUUUGCUGCCGUGCCCACGGUCCUGUUACUUGUGGUUGUGCGAUGUGUUUUUCUCUCUGAGAAUGCUACUUUUGCUGAGCGGCGAUGUUGAGGUCAACCCUGGUCCAGAAACAGGCGCUAUUUUACAAAAACUGAAAGAAAUCGCCCGGGACAUACAGGAAAUUAAAAAUGAAAAGGGUAUAACAAAUGACAGACUUUCUGCGAUCGAGCACAAACUGGAAAGUCUCAGUACGCUUCAAAAGAACGUCAGUGCAUGUCGGGAGAGAAUAACUGAACUUGAAACGACUGUUAAAAUUAUUACCAGAAAGGUAGACGACUUAGAAAAUCGAAGUAGACGGUCGAAUCUGAUUGUCUACGGAAUUAAAGAACAAGAGAACGAAAACAGUCAGACACUCGAAAGAGUGGUCGUAGGUGAAAUUCUCGAGAGAAUUCUAAACGUACAAAUAGCAGGCAUCGAAACAAUUCACCGCCUCGGGAAACAGGCUGAUAACAAGAUCCGUCCAGUCAUACUCAAACUACUGGACAGUAGAGAUAAAUCAAAGAUACUGAAAAACUGCGUCAAACUGAAAGGAACAGAUUUUUCAAUCGGUGAAGAUUUCUCCCGACACGUACAGCAAAUACGUAAGAAGCUUUGGGACCGCACUAAAGCAAACCGAGAUAAGCGAGAAAAGGUUUUCUUAACAUAUGAUAAGGUUCGCAUAAAUGGGCAUCUCUAUGCGUGGGAUGAGACAAAAGAAGACAUAAUUCCCGUAGAAAAAAACGAUGUUCCCGACGAAAACUAACCGAAAGCCACAUUCUGCCAUCUAACCUUAGAGUCGUAAAUAUAAAUGCAAGGAGUCUUCAAAAUAAAGCAUAUUCAUUGGAGUCCUUUCUCUUAGAAUUUAA